AUGGCCAUCAUAACGGAGGGUGAGCUGAUGAAGCGGGCACCGCCAUCGAGGAACAAAUCCUCGGGAGCCCAAGAGGUCGAUGGGGAAGCUCAGGCUUUCCUGUUCAACGUGCUGAUGGCCCGUGCUCGACUUCGGGACCGCCACCAAGCCAGGCUCAACGAGCUGCCUCAGACGAAGAAUGGGCAAAUAGUGAACGGCAAUGCGUGGAACGGAAAGACGAGGAACCGUUUUUUCUCCCAGCCUUCUCCAUCUUCUCCCUCCAAGGCUCCUUCUUCGAAAGAACCAGAACUGAUUGCGAAGCACGGAUACCCCGUGGAGACUCACACGGUGACAACAUCAGACGGAUACAUCCUAGACAUCCACCGGAUCCCCCAUGGUUCGAGCGGAACAGGCAAGGGACCCCGGAUCCCCGUCCUCAUCCAACACGGCCUCCUUUGCUCCUCGGCUGACUGGCUCGUCAGCGGACCCGGAAAGGCACUCGGUUUCAUUUUGGCGGAUGAAGGAUACGAUGUUUGGCUCGGAAAUGUGAGGGGAAAUAGGUACGGGCGACGCCAUCGCACCUUGUCCCCCCAAGACGAUGCUUUCUGGUCCUUCAGUUGGCACGAGAUGGGAAAAUUCGAUCUGCCGGCGAUCCUGGACGCAAUGACAGAGAGGACGGGGCAGGAAAAAUUGCAUUACGUGGGGCACAGCAUGGGAACGGUGAUGUUCUGGGUCCUCAGCGACCAGCGACCUGAAUACAGCUGUCGCUUCCUGUCCAUGCAUGGGAUGGGGCCCGUGGCCAGGGUCGAUCACAUGGCCAGUCCCAUUCGUUACAUGGCCCCCUUCGUCGAUCAAGUGCAGUGGACGUGGAAGUUGAUCGGUCGCCACGAAUUCCUCCCUCACGAGCUGUGGAUGAAGAUGGAGAAAUACUUGAGUUGGGUGUGUCUCGGGAACAGUAUUUGCAAGAACGCUCUCUUCCUUCUCUGCGGUUACGAUUCCCAUCAGUUGAGUCAGGUGAGGAACGUGCUGAUGGCCCGUGCUCGACUUCGGGACCGCCACCAAGCCAGGCUCAACGAACUGCCACAGACGAAGAAUGAGCAAAUAGUGAACGGCAAUGCGUGGAACGGAGAGACGAGGAAUCGUUUUUUCUCCCAGCCUUCUCCAUCUUCUCCCUCCAAGGCUCCUUCUUCGAAAGAAGUGGGAGUAGAAAUGGCUGAAAUAAGGUAG